AUGCACGACGACUUGCUGCGACACUGCAAUUUUACUGGCCUUUGUCAGGAUCCCAUCCUGGUUGUUGACGACGAUCAGCACCUAUGCAGCGAAGACGAGAUUCAGGAGGCGCUCAAGCGUGCAGUGGAGAAGCUGGGCGAAUCGUCGAAGCUCUUUGUAUACUUCGGAGGGCACGGAUAUGAUGACGACGGUUUGACGGUUGUGUUGCCACAAGGCUGGCAGGGAGAGACCUCAGAGCUGUUUGUCCUCCAGUACCUGGUCAUAGAAGCAGUUGCCAAAUGCAAGCCCUUGCAGGUCAUGAUCAUAAGUGCCACAUGCAGACCCAAUGUGAUGGAGGAUGUUGAUUGGAAGGUUGCAGACCUUUAUCUUGAGAAACGCUUUUACCAACGAACGCCGUAUGAAGUUUCAUGCAUAAGAUUUGUGAUGCAAAAUAAAUGUUGGUUCAUGCUCUUCCAUUGA